AUCUAUGGCGAGCUUACCACAGGAGCAAGGCAGACCUCGAGGCAGCGACCUCCGACCGCUCAAGGAUACCAACAACAACAAAGGAAUGUCCAUCUGCCGAGAGUGCCUGAACCGGCCCAGAGUCCCCCAAAGGUCCCACAGCAACCUCAGGGGCCAGGGGGGAGAGUCGGAGGGCACGGGGGCGGGAGGAGUCCGCCAGACAGCUCGAUUAGGGGCACCCUCUGCCGAGGCGUAAACAAAGGAGGAUCGCCGUCAGUGUCCAAGGAGCAACGCAAGAGCCGCGGGGCAUCGCUACGAAGAGAAACAAUGGAACGGUGGAACGUUACCAGAUUAAAUGCAAAACGUUUGGCACCCACAAGUGAAGAAAUGGAAGUUGGAAGCUAAGCUGAGCUACGGGGCAACCAUUCCAAACGAGAUCUUUAAAGAAAUGAAAACUUACAGAGUCCUGUUGCAAGCUACGGUGGUGAUGCUGCUUGUCUGCGUGCAAGAUCUCUAUGCCGGGAGAAGGCAUACGAGACAAAUACACGACUGGUUCGGCUCUCCUCGCGGCGCACAGGAGGGUUUUACUGGAUAUGAAGAUAUUACACCUGUGAUCCGGCCUUUUGGGGGAUAUGACGCUGAAUAUCCCACUACUGGAGCACUGAUCGACCGAGGAGCAAUACGAACCACCACGAUUUUGGGUCGCACCAGGCCGGGUCCAGUCGUUAUUUCCAAACCCCAAACAAAGAUAAGGCGCUGUCUCCUGUACAGCCAUUCUGGGUUGUGCUUGUACCUGUCGAAGUAUUGAGGUCACCUGCUCGCCUGCCGCAAGAUCUCUGGCUUGUUUGAAAGAUUAUGAUGUUUGUUCGGCAAGUAUAUACUUGUUUAACCCGUGAAA